UCUGCCGCGAGGAAGCACAUUUUGUAAACAAUGCUAGAAAGCUAAGGUAGAAAAAUAGAGACGUUUACGUGAGGCUUUUCCAUAUUAGUAGUGUGUCAUAGUUGAUUUUUCGUUAUAAUACGGGAGGUAUUAUUCUUUCAAUAGUAGGUUUAGUUCAUUAACAGAACUGUUUUUUUCCGUUAAUGGGCGGUUUGCACAGGAAUUAGCACGUUUGCUUUCAUCUGAUCUGUGCUCUGCAGUUGAAGAAAAAGUCGUAUGUGUAUUCGACAUGCUUAUUGUGGUGAUUUAUUAAGGUCAGACUCGUUUUUCGUGUCCAUGGGGAAACGGAAAGACAUGAUUCACCCCAGAUUUCUCGCUGGGAGUGGGGAUGAUUAUAACCUGCACAAGAAGAAACACAAGAAGCAUAAGAAGCACAAGAAGAAGCACCAUCAUCAUCGUGAAGACGGCCACAGUGUGUCCUCCGAGGCGCUGGAGUCAGACUCAGGGAUGCUUCUGCUCAAACCUCCUCAGCUCAAGCUCAAGAUCAAACUGGGAGGACAGACUCUGGGCACCAAGAGUGUGCCCACGUUCACAGUGAUCCCGGACUCUCUGCGCUCAGUGUCGCCUGUGAACGUGGAGAGCGAUGAUGAUGAAGACCAUGAUGAAGACGACUCUGAUGACGACGUGCCGUCAGAGGGAGUUCCUAUCGAGCAAUACAGAGCCUGGCUGGAUGAAGACAGUAACCUGGACCCGUCUCCUGUGCCCGACCUGGACACGGACUCGCUGCUGGGAGGCCCGAUGGAUGAUGAGGAGCGCUGGCUGGAUGCACUGGAGAAAGGAGAGCUGGAUGAUAACGGAGAGCUGAAGAAAGAGAUCGACGAGUCUCUGCUCACAGCCAGACAGAAAGCGCUCUUACAUAAGCAACAGAGCCAGCCGUUACUGGAGCUCCCCAUGGGAUACAAAGAGAAGGAGCUGACGGCCGAGAUGAUGCAGAAGCGCGAGGAGCGCGCCCGAAAAAGACGCCUGCAGGCUGCCAAGAAGGCCGAGGAGAACAAGAACCAGACCAUCGAGAGACUGACCAAGACCAGCAAGGCCAAGAUCAAGAGCAUGAGGGAGCGCAAGUCCAAGCAGGAGCAGCUGCCCAUGGUGAGGUACAGCAGUAACGCUCAGGGCGCCGCCGUCUCGUACCCCGCCGGGAUCCCCGUCCCGACACCCGCGGCCCUGCGACUGCCUCCUCCCGCUCCCGUGAGCUGCGGCGUGUCCGGAUGCUCCAACCUGAAGAAAUACUCCUGCUCCAAGACAGGGACGCCCCUGUGCAGCCUGCAGUGCUACAGGAAGAACCUGACGCUGGUGCAGGAAGUGGCUUGAAGUCGUCUUUGUCAAAUAGUGUAUUUAAAAAUAGUAGGUCGAUGCAAUUAUGUUGAACAAAGACAAAAUUCUUUGAUUAAUGAGUGUAAAAUCAUGCUGAAGCAAUAACACUUUACAGUA